CUGGGUGCUAGGUUGGGCUGGCUGAGCUUGGAGGUCUCUUCCAACCUGGUUGGUUCUGUGAUUCCCACAUAUCUGCCCUUGUUUUUCCUUAGGGACCAUUCUUGCUCCGUUCUCUCCUGUGAUACAAAUCGUGUUACAGCUCGGUUGGCAAGGAGAGCAGUUUAGAUACAGUGAUAGGUAGCUAAAAGGCGACGGCGAUGUCGGUGGAUUGCCAGGGCCAGCGCGCAGUCCUCUCGGGCCGCCGGUUCCUCUACAUAGUCAACCUGGAUGCACCAAACGAGGGUCAUCGAAAGAUCUCCCGCCAGAGCAAGUGGGACAUUGGGGCAGUGCAGUGGAAUCCCCAUGACAGCUAUGCCUACUACUUUGCAGCUUCGAGCAAUCAGCGAGUUGACCUGUAUAAGUGGAGGGAAGGCAACGGGGAGGUGUGCACGUCCCUGCAAGGGCACACACGUGUCAUCAGUGACUUGGACUGGGCUGUCUUUGAGCCAGACCUGCUGGUCACCAGUUCUGUUGACACCUACAUCUACAUCUGGGACAUCAAAGACACCAGGAAGCCUACAGUCUCCCUCUCUGCAGUGGCUGGAGCUUCCCAGGUCAAGUGGAACAAGAAGAAUGCCAACUGUUUAGCAACAAGCCACGAUGGGGAUGUCAGAAUAUGGGACAAAAGGAAGCCCAGCACUGCAGUGGAGUACUUGGCAGCUCACCUCUCCAAGAUCCACGGACUGGAUUGGCACCCGGACAAUGAGUACACUCUGGCCACUUCCAGCCAGGACAACUCUGUCAGGUUCUGGGAUUACCGUCAGCCUCGGAAGUACCUCAACAUCCUUCCCUGCCAGGUUCCUGUCUGGAAGGCAAGAUACACGCCUUUCAGCAAUGGGCUGGUGACGGUGAUGGUGCCCCAGCUGCGUCGGGAGAACAGCCUCCUUCUCUGGAAUGUCUUUGACUUGAACACACCUGUCCACACUUUUGUGGGGCAUGAUGACGUGGUGCUGGAGUUCCAGUGGAGGAAGCAGAAGGAAGGUUCCAAGGACUACCAGCUGGUGACGUGGUCCCGCGACCAGACCCUGCGGAUGUGGCGCAUCGACUCGCAGCUGCAGAGGCUCUGUGCUAACGAUAUCCUGGAUGGAGUUGAGGACCUCAUUGAUGGCAUCUCUCACCUGCCAGAGCCAGACAAGACCCUUCACCCCCAGGACUCAGAGCCUCAGCAUAACUCUGGGCAUGGAGAUGAGGAAGCCUUAAAGGAAGAUUUCCUGAAUGACCCCCUGGUGGCAAAGAAAACUGACCAGCUGGGGCUGCCCCAAACGCUGCAGCAGGAGUUCUCGCUGAUCAACGUGCAGAUCCGAAACGUCAAUGUGGAGAUGGAUGCAGUGAGUCGGAGCUGCACGGUGUCGGUGCACUGCGGCAACCACAGAGUCAGGAUGCUGGUGAUGUUCCCUGUCCAGUAUCCCAAUAAUGCUGCACCUUCCUUCCAGUUCAUCAACCCGACCUCAAUCACUGCUUCCAUGAAGGCAAAGCUGCUGAAGAUCCUGAAAGACACUUCUCUGCAGAAAGUGAAGCGGAACCAGAGCUGCCUGGAGCCCUGCCUACGUCAGCUGGUCUCCUGGCUGGAGUCUGUGGUGAACCAAGAGGACAGCACUUCCAGCAACCCCUACGCUCUGUCCAACUCUGUCACGCCUCCCCUGCCCACCUUUGCCCGUGUCUCCAAUGCCUAUGGCUCCUACCAGGACUCCAACAUCCCAUUUCCACGGACAUCAGGAGCCAGGUUCUGUGGUGCAGGGUACCUGGUGUACUUCACAAGACCCAUGACCAUGCACCGCGCAGUGUCCCCGACCGAGCCCACGCCCAGGUCCCUCUCAGCUUUAUCAGCCUACCACAGUGGCCUCAUCACUCCCAUGAAGAUCCGCACAGAGACCCCAGGCAACCUGCGGCUGUACAGCGGCAGUCCCACGCGCAGCGAGAAGGAGCAGGUCUCCAUUAGCUCCUUCUACUACAAAGAGAGGAUGUCUCCUCGCUCUGCCCGGCGGCGUUGGUCCAUACAAGCAAUUAACGACUUCCCGAAAUCAAGGAGGUGGAAAAGCAAACGCGAAGGGACAGACGCCGCCAACCGCCCCAUCAAGGCUGCCGGGAAGGUCAUUAUCCAAGAUAUUUCCUGCUUGCUGCCUGUCCACAAGCUGCUGGGAGAGCUCUACAUACUGAAUGUGAACAACAUCCAGGAGACCUGCCAGAAGAAUGCUGCCUCAGCCUUGGCUGUGGGCCGCAGGGAUCUCGUACAGGUUUGGUCACUGGCCAUGGUAGCCACUGAUCUCUGUCUCGGACCGAAGUCUGACCCAGAUUUGGAGAUACCUUGGGCACAACAUCCAUUUGGACGUCAAUUACUGGAGUCCUUGCUGGCUCAUUACUCACAGCUCCAUGAUGUGCAGACCCUGGCCAUGCUCUGCAGCGUGUUUGAAGCCCAGUCCAGGCUCCAGGGAUGCCCAAACUUCUCUGGCUCCUUUCCUCAGCGUGCCUCCAACCUGGCCUCCCACAGCCGAUACCCCAGCUUCACUUCCUCUGGCUCCUGUUCCAGCAUGUCAGAUCCUGGACUUGGCACUGGAGGCUGGAGCAUAGCAAACAAAGACACUGAGCAAGGCUCCACGCCCUGGUGUGAGUCCUCUCCAGAUGACUUCCGCUACAGCAACCUCAUGUACCCAGACCAUCGGGAGAGGGAGAAGGACCAGCACGAGAAGAACAAGAGGCUCCUGGAUCCUGCCAACACUCAGCAGUUUGAUGACUUUAAGAAGUGCUAUGGGGAAAUCCUCUAUCGCUGGGGCCUGCGGGAGAAGCGAGCUGAGGUUCUCAAGUUUGUCUCUUGUCCUCCUGAUCCCCACAAAGGAAUUGAGUUCGGGGUGUACUGCAGCCACUGCCGCAGCGAGGUGCGCGGCACCCAGUGUGCCAUCUGCAAGGGCUUCACCUUCCAGUGUGCCAUCUGCCACGUGGCAGUGCGAGGCUCCUCCAACUUCUGCCUGACCUGUGGACACGGGGGCCACACCAGCCACAUGAUGGAGUGGUUUCGUACCCAGGAGGUGUGCCCCACAGGCUGCGGCUGCCACUGCCUGCUGGAGAGCACCUUCUGAGCUCAGCGCUCCUGGCAGCCAGGCCAGGAUGGCUCUUUACACUCCCAAGCCACCUUGAGCCAACUCUUCUCUGCAGAGUCUGGAGGAGAUGCCACGGGGAGCUGAAGCAGCAGGUCCUGGCAGUGUUGCCACAGGGACAUGUCCAAGUGCUUCCAGCUUGCUUUGGGAGCGGUUUGACCGAGCUCCCCCUGUCCAUUGCUGGCGAUGGACGGCAGGCCAGGGGUAUCCCUCUCUCCUGCAGCAAGGUGUGUGGAUGUUGGCUGGGCUGGUCUCCACUUGGGAUGAGGAGGGCUUGGGAAGAGCUCACCUGGCAGAGCCAAACUGCCUCCAGCUCUGUUGUGUCUGAACAGGAGCCUCCCAGCAGGGCUCAAAGUGAGCUAAAGAGUUGUCUCUGCACAGGAAUCGUUCAGCAGGUGAACUGGAAACUGCACUGGAAGGGCAGAUAGUCUGUGGGACCCUGCUCAGAGUUCCUUCUGGAAGCAACAGGGUCCUUGUUUGCUUUUAACCUCCUUUAGAUUCUCCCAGAAAGCAAAAGAAGGAAGCAGCAUUUUGGGGCUGACUUCCUAAGUAGCUUCCAGCUCAGUAGCCCUGCUCCAGAAGCUUUCUUACCCUUCCUCUUAAGCUGUCUGCUCUUCUGCCUGGGUGAUGUAAUGCACUUUAACUUGCCUGUCCCUCUGCCCCCAUCUGAUGGCUGGGUCAGCUGGAGGUGCCAGGCAGUGUUUCCACAGCUGGUUGGCUUCUGGCAAGCCUCAGCUCCCGUUCUGAGGAACACUCAGGAGGGUGCUUGCUCCGUGCAGCUCCUUUGGGUUUCCUCCAGGCUCUCUGAAGGGAAUGGGUGAAGAAUGUGAGAUUUGCUGCUGGUGUGCUUGAAGGAGACUCCUGAGCUGGAGAGGCAGCAAGUUCCAGAGGGAAAGGAACAUUGGAAAGGUGGUGGGGUCCAAGGAGGUGAAAGGUUUGUGCCUUUUCUCCCUGGGGAGCUUCAACUGGAGGAUGGUGCCAGGUGGAUCCUGCUGGGUGCUGCUCUCCCGGGGUUGCUGCCAGGUGCUUGUGUACCCACCCUGACACGCAGCUUGUGCCUCUCUUCAGCAGGCCUAAGCCUGGGCUUUGGUUUGGGGCAAAUGUGGUCAGGGCUGAGCCCUCUGGAGGUACUUCAAGCCUGUGGCAGUGCUGAUCCCAUCCUGCCAGACUUGCCUGCUGAGCAGGGUGAGGAGCCAUGCCCGUUGCCAAGCUGUGCUCCACCUCAGCCUGUGGGAUGCUGCCCUGGAAGCAGGAGGUGUUGUGGGAUCUUAUCCAUUACAAUUAUUUUUUUAAA